ACAAGCUCAUUGUCAACAAUUCCAAUCCAAGUGAGCUGACAUACUCUUCAACCUCUGCCUAUUUUUCGAUCUACAAAAAGAGACAGAGAGACGUCAAAAUGGUAUCAAUGGGAAGGCAAAUGCUGGGCUUUGCCCUGUCUGUGGUCGGCUUUCUUGGAACAAUCAUUGUGUGCGCCCUCCCCAUGUGGAAAGUCACAGCCUUCAUCGGAUCCAACAUUGUGACUGCUCAGACCAUCUGGGAAGGCCUAUGGAUGAACUGUGUGAUUCAGAGUACCGGCCAGAUGCAGUGCAAGAUCUACGAUUCUCUCCUGCAGCUGCCUCAGGACCUGCAGGCUGCCAGAGCUUUGGUGGUGAUCUCCAUUAUCGCGUGUGUCUUCGGCAUCCUUUUAGGCAUUGCUGGGGGGAAAUGCAGCAACUUUGUGGAGGAUGAAGUGUCUAAGGCCAAAGUGGCCAUCACCAGUGGCAUCAUCUUCAUCUUGGCCGGUGUCCUCAUCCUCAUUCCAAUUUGCUGGUCAACCAACACCAUUAUCCGGGACUUCUACAACCCCCUGCUGAUCGAUGCCCAGAGGAGAGAGCUGGGGGCUUCACUCUACAUCGGCUGGGGCACAGCCGGACUUCUUAUACUUGGAGGAGCCCUUCUCGCCAGCUCCUGUCCGCCCAAAGAGGACAAGCCCUACCCAGUGAAGUACUCACAGGCAAGAUCCACAGCCACCAGCAGAGCCUAUGUCUGAACUAAGGACUGGUUAGGAAACAAUGUUCUAUAUUUGUGUGGUUUUUGGUACUGCCCCACCUCUUCAUACCCUUUCCAGACAUAGCAGAACAUUGAUUAAAUAACUGCACUGAGAUCUACUGUAUUACGUACCUUGGAAGGAUUGUCUCAAACAUGGGAUGCUGCUGAAGGAACUGAAAGGAAUACUAUUAUUUACUUUAACUCACACCCAAUGAAUCUUUAAAAUAUUGUUAAUUAAAAGUAAAUUGUACCUUCAACAUAAUUGUUCAGAUUGUAGGUUUUGUACAGUAUGUCAUUAAAUGUUUUGUAAAGAGCUAUUUUAAUAAAUAUAAAUCAAUGAUUUAA